AUGGCAUCACCUUGUCCACUGAUCUACGUUUCUGGAGGCUACAUGCCAAGUGAGCAUGAAUCGCUCUCUGAGGUUGCCAAGAAGCUCUCGAGCGCACCGGGAUACGGUCAAACCAAGUUCAUGUCUGAGUUACUCUUGGCAGAGUACAAGAAGCAUCUGGACAAGCAGAAAGGGAACAUUCCGAAAGCGCGAACGAUCAUUCCGGGCUUCAUCGUCGGAACACGCCAAGAGGGGAUUGCCCACCAAGAAGAUUACCUGUGGAGAUUUGCUUUCAGCAUUUCUCGUCUUCGAGCAGUCAGCAAGGAUCUUCUAGGUCACCUCAAUGUUGCUGGCGUGGACCAAGUAUCCAACCUCGUCUCGGAUGUCCUCUUACAACCAGACCGAUGUGUUCCACACGCCAUCAAAUGUUUCGAUGGGGUUGAUGUCUUGAUACUCUGCAACAUCCUUGAAGACAAGCUGAAGAUCAAGAUCAGGAAGGUCAAGCAUGUAGAGUGGAUGAGGAUCCUGCGAUCUGAUAUUGACGAUGCAGACUUCGACCAUCCUUUGAACCUGUGUUCUCUUUUCAAUGAGAAGGAGAUUUUGAUGGCUUUGGAGAAAAGUGUGGGGUAUCUGAUGGGAAUUGGUUACUUUUUGGAUGACAACCCUAAAUCGGUAACACGCAAGGCUGUUGGGUUUAGCCGGUCCAACUGUUGA